GGCAGCAGGGGGUCACAUUGAUUUUUCGUCCCUCAGAAAUCUGCUCUAUGUUUGGAACACAACAGCACUCCGGAGUCACAGAUCCGUGAAUGCAGCCGAUUCCCGUUUCUCUCAAGGUUUGUCUCCUAACACCUUGAGAGGAUGGCAGAAGGCGCUGACGGAGAGGAAGAGAUCCAGUUCCUGCGUACAGAUGAUCAAGUGGUGCUGCAGUGCACUGCGUCCAUUCUCAAGGAGCAGAUCAAACUCUGUCUGUCAUGUGAAGGGUUUGGGAAUCGGCUGUGUUUCCUGGAGACCACAUCAAAUGCUCAGAAUGUCCCACCAGACCUUGCAAUUUGCUGUUUCAUUUUGGAGCAGUCUUUGUCCGUGCGAGCAUUGCAAGAGAUGCUGUCUAACUCCUCUGUGGAUGAGGCGGUUGAUUUGGACAAAUGGUCAUCACAAGGUGGAGGUAGUCGAACUCUUCUGUAUGGACACGCCAUUCUCCUGAAACACACUCACUCCAACAUGUACUUGAGCUGUCUGACUACAUCUCGGUCGUUGACUGACAAGCUGGCCUUCGAUGUGGGCUUGCAGGAAGACGCCACAGGAGAGGCCUGCUGGUGGACCAUACAUCCAGCCUCCAAGCAAAGAUCAGAGGGUGAAAAGGUCAGGGUGGGAGAUGACCUCAUUCUUGUCAGUGUUUCUUCAGAGAGAUACCUGCACCUUUCCUAUGCAAGUGGUGACCUAAUGGUAGAUGCAUCCUUCAUGCAAACACUCUGGACCAUGACUCCUGUGAUGUCUGGCUGUGAGCUCGCCGAAGGUUUUCUGAUCGGAGGAUAUGUGCUCAGACUCUUUCACGGUCAUAUGGACGAGUGUCUGGCCAUCCCAUGUGCAGAUCAGGGGGAUGACCAACGCAGAGUUGCCCAUUAUGAAGGUGGUGCCGUUUGCAGUCAUGCUCGAUCCUUAUGGAGACUGGAGCCACUGCGAAUCGGGUGGAGUGGAGGCCACAUCAAAUGGGGACAGUCUUUCCGGGUACGCCACAUAACAACGGGGCGAUAUUUGUUCCUCGACGAGGAGAAGGGACUUCUGUUGGUAGACCCAGAGAAAGCCAACUCCAAGAUGUCUGCUUUCUGCUUCAGAAUUUCUAAGGAAAAAAUUGAAGUGGCGCAGAAGCGGGAUGUGGAAGGCAUGGGGAUACCGGAGAUUAAGUACGGGGAGUCUAUGUGUUUUGUACAGCACGUUUCGUCUGGCCUUUGGCUCACAUAUGCUGCUGUCGAUGCCAAAUCUGCUCGUCUAGGACCUCUGAAAAGAAAGGCCAUACUGCAUAAAGAAGGUCACAUGGACGACGCGCUCACAGUUGCUCGAUCUCAGACCGAAGAGUCUCAAGCUGCCAGGAUGAUAUACAGCACAACAGGCCUCUUCAACCAGUUCAUCAAAGGUUUGGAUGCGUUGAGUGGGAAAAACAAAUCUGCUAAUCCGCCGUCUAUGCCGAUGGACGCGGUGGUGCUCUCACUGCAGGAUCUCAUCUUCUACUUCCGACCGCCUGAGGAGGAACUGGAGCACGAGGACAAGCAGUUCAAGCUUCGCUCCCUGAAGAACAGACAGAACCUUUUCCAGGAGGAGGGGAUGAUUACCCUGGUUCUGGACUGCAUUGAUCGGCUCAAUGUGUACAACACUGCAGCCCACUUCUCAGAGUACGCUGGAGAGGAAGCUGCAGAGUCGUGGAAGGAGAUCGUGAACUUACUGUAUGAGCUUUUAGCUUCUUUGAUCAGAGGGAACCGCGCUAACUGUGCUCUUUUCUGUGACAACCUGGACUGGCUGGUCAGUAAGCUGGAUCGUUUGGAGGCAUCUUCAGGAAUUCUGGAGGUGUUGUACUGUGUUCUGAUUGAGAGUCCAGAAGUGUUGAAUAUUAUUCAGGAGAAUCACAUUAAAUCGAUUAUCUCUCUCCUUGACAAGCAUGGGCGCAACCACAAGGUUUUGGAUGUGCUGUGCUCCCUGUGUGUUUGCAAUGGCGUGGCUGUGAGAUCUAACCAGAAUCUCAUCACAGAGAACCUACUUCCAGGUCGUGACCUCCUUCUUCAAACGAACAUUAUUAACUAUGUAACCAGCAUGAGACCCAACAUUUUCCUUGGAACUUGUGAAGGAUCAACUCAGUAUAAGAAGUGGUACUUUGAGGUGAUGGUGGAUCACGUGGAGCCGUUCAUUACCGCCCAGGCGUGUCACCUGCGAGUGGGUUGGGCUCUGACGGAGGGCUACAGUCCUUACCCCGGUGGAGGGGAAGGAUGGGGGGGUAACGGGGUCGGCGAUGACCUCUACUCCUAUGGCUUUGAUGGGCUUCACCUGUGGUCAGGGCGCGUACCACGGCAUGUUGCUUCUCCCAGCCAACACAUUCUGGCAGCAGAGGACGUGGUCAGCUGCUGUUUGGAUCUAAGUGUGCCGAGCAUCUCCUUUCGCAUCAACGGACACCCUGUGCAGGGAAUGUUUGAGAACUUCAACCUCGACGGCCUCUUCUUUCCAGUUGUCAGCUUUUCUGCAGGCGUUAAGCUACGGUUUCUUCUUGGGGGCCGUCAUGGGGAUUUCAAGUUUCUUCCCCCUCCAGGCUAUGCACCGUGUUACGAGGCAGUGCUGCCAAGGGACCGAUUGCGGAUCGAGCCCAUCAAGGAAUAUAAACAUGAUUUUAAUGAUGUUCGCAACCUGCUCGGUCCAACCCAGUCCCUGUCUCACACGGCGUUCACUCCCUGUCCAGUGGACACAAUUCAGAUUGUACUUCCUCCCCAUUUGGAGCGCAUUCGAGAGAAACUCGCGGAAAACAGUCAUGAGUUAUGGGCCGUAAAUCGCAUUGAACAAGGGUGGACAUUUGGACUGUUUCGUGACGACAACAAGAAGAUGCACCCCUGCCUGGUAGAUUUCCAGAGUUUACCUGAGCCGGAGAAGAACUACAAUUUAGCAAUGUCAGGAGAGACACUGAAGACUCUGCUAGCUCUGGGCUGUCAUGUGGGGAUGGGAGACGAAAAAGCAGAGGAAAAUCUGAAAAGGACCAAGCUCCCCAAAACCUACAUGCAAAGUAAUGGAUACAAGCCAGCUCCCUUGGAUCUCAGUCAUGUCAAACUGACUCCAAAUCAAAACACUCUAGUGGAGAGACUGGCAGAAAAUGGACACAACGUGUGGGCAAGAGACCGGGUUCGACAGGGCUGGACGUACAGUAUUGUGCAGGACAUAUUGAACAAGCGUAAUCCCCGUCUGGUUCCCUACAACCUGCUGGAUGAAAAGACAAAAAAGACCAACAGAGACACAGUUUGUGCAGCAGUUCGCACUCUUAUCGGCUACGGCUACAACAUAGAACCACCCGAUCAGGAGAGUAGCGGGCAUGGACCAGGCAGCUCCCGGGGCGAUAAAAUCAGAGUGUUCAGAGCCGAGAAAUCUUACGCCGUCACACAGGGGAAAUGGUACUUUGAGUUUGAGGCUGUGACUGUUGGAGAGAUGAGAGUGGGCUGGGCCCGGCCUUGUGUUCGUGCGGAUACUGAACUUGGUGCUGACGAGUUGGCCUAUGUCUUCAAUGGCUUCAAGGCCCAACGUUGGCAUAUUGGAAAUGAGCCAUUUGGCCGCCAGUGGCAGUCUGGUGAUGUGGUGGGCUGUAUGAUCGACCUCACAGAAAUGAACAUCAUGUUCACGCUCAAUGGAGAAAUGCUGAUCAGUGACUCAGGCUCAGAAAUGGCUUUUAAGGACAUUGAGAUAGGGGAAGGUUUCAUACCCGUGUGCAGCCUGGGGCUGUCGCAGGUUGGUAGAAUCAACCUGGGUCAAAAUGUCAGUAGUCUUCGUUACUUUACCAUCUGUGGCCUGCAAGAGGGAUUCGAACCAUUUGCUAUCAACAUGAAGCGAGACAUUACCAUGUGGUUCAGUAAAAGCCUUCCCCAGUUUAUCACUGCUCCUACAGAUCAUCCACAUAUUGAGAUAUCGCGUGUUGACGGGACAGUUGACACUCCCCCUUGUCUCAAAGUGACUCACAAGACAUUUGGGUCUCAGAAUGCCAACACCGACUUGCUGUUCUUCAGAGUCAGCAUACCAAUUGAAUUUCACGAGACCUUUAAAGUCCCUGCGGGGACAACGCUCCUAACUCGGGCGCUGACCAUUCCCGAAGACCAGGUUUUGGAGGUCGACCCAAACUCUGACUUUGAAAUACUCAAGAAGUCAGCCACUCGCAAAGAACAGGAAGAUGAUAAAAAGGAACCCUCCGUGCCUAAAGAGACUCUGGCCAUCAAAAAUGGAGAGAACGAGAAAGAUGCCUCUACUGAGAAAACCAAGAAGAAAGGAUUCCUUUUUAAGGCAAAGAAGGCUGCAUUAAUAACUCCACCCCCUGUCGUUCCCACUCUGCCUCGCUUAGUGGAAGAUGUCGUACCAGAUGACAGGGAUGACAUGGAUAUAAUCCUGAACACCACAACUUAUUAUUACUCAGUGCGAAUAUUCGCAGGACAGGAACCAGGGGGCGUGUGGGUAGGCUGGGUCACACCAGACUAUCACCAGUAUGAUCUUCACUUUGACCUCAGCAAAGUGAGAAACGUAACAGUAACUGUUGGGGACGACAGAGGAAACAUUCACGACAGCAUAAAGCGCAGCAAUUGUUACAUGGUGUGGGGGGGAGAGUUUGGCAACUCCCAGCAAACCCGCGUCAGUCAGGAGGACUUUGUGAUUGGGUGCCUCGUUGAUUUGGACACAGGACUCAUGACUUUCACCGCCAACGGAAAAGAGAUAAACACCUUCUACCAGGUGGAGCCGAACACGAAGCUUUUCCCGGCCGUCUUCGUUCAGCCUUCCAACCAGAAUGUGAUUCAGUUUGAACUCGGCAAGCUCAAGAACAUCAUGCCAUUGUCGGCGGCCAUGUUUCGGAGUGAACGCAAAAAUCCAGUUCCGCAGUGCCCUCCCAGAUUGGACGUCCAGAUGCUAACCCCAGUGAUCUGGAGUCGAAUGCCCAACAACUUCCUGGCUCCAGAGACAGGCCGUGUCAGCGAAAGACUCGGCUGGAUGGUGGAGUGUAUGGAACCGCUCAUUAUGAUGGCCCUUCACAUCCCAGAGGAGAGUCGGUGCAUAGACAUACUGGAACUGUCUGAACGAAUGGACUUGCUAAAGUUCCACUAUCACACUCUGAAGCUCUAUGGCUCUGUGUGCGCUCUGGGCAACAACCGGGUGGCACACGCACUGUGCAGCCACGUGGACGAAUCUCAGCUUUUCUACGCCAUAGAGAGCACCUACCUGCCGGGACCGAUGAGGAGCGGCUUUUACGACCUCCUCAUCAGCAUGCACCUUGAGUCCGCUAAGCGCAAUCGCCUCGGAACGAAUAAGGAAUUCAUAGUUCCGAUGACGGACCACACGCGCAGCAUCACUCUUUACACCGUGAAGUCUCACGCUCUGCCCGGGGUCGGCCUCACCACAUGCCUCCGUCCAAAACUGCAUUUCUCCUCCGUUGGGUUUGUGGGGAUAGAUCCCGAUAUCUACACUCUGAGUCCGACCAUCCCCUUACAGGUGUUAAAGACCAAGGCUCUGAACAUGCUGAUCGAAGCUGUCCAGGAUGGAAGUCAAGCCAUGAGAGACCCUGUGGGAGGCAGCGUUGAGUUUCACUUUGUUCCAAUCCUGAAGCUCAUCAGCACCCUCCUCAUAAUGGGUGUGUUUGACGAUGAAGACGUCACGCACAUCCUGAAAAUGAUUGAGCCCACAGUCUUUCAUACUUCAAAAUCAGAGGAGCCUUUGGAGGAGCCGUCAAAGGCGAACAAACAAGAGGAGCCAUCAAAAGUCGCAGCGGUCAAAGAGGAUGAGCAGGAGGUUGAGGCAGAAGAGGAAGAGGAGUUUGAAGACUAUGGUUACGAUGAUGAGGAAGAAAUAGAGGAAGAGGAAGAACUAGAGGAAACAGAUUUAGGUGUGGCCCAAGGGGAAGCAGGAGAAAUAGAUUUCAUAAAUGGUGAGAAAGGAGCUGAGGAAACGGAGAAAGAGACGAAACCAGUGGAAACCUGUGGGGAGUCUAAGGAGGAACACCUCGAACAAGGACUUUUUCAGAUGAAACUACCAGAGUCUGUAAAACUGCAGAUGUGCACCCUGUUGCAGUACUUCUGUGACUGCGAGCUACGACACAGAGUGGAGGCCAUUGCUGCUUUCUCGGAUAAGUUCGUCACCCAGAUACAGUCCAACCAGAGGCAGCGCUACAAUGAGCUCAUGAUGGCCUUCACCAUGUCGGCCGCAGAGACCGCACGAAAGACCCGUGAAUUUCGCUCUCCGCCGCAGGAGCAAGUCAACAUGCUCAUGAACUUUAAAAAUUGCCCUGAUGACGAAGAGUGUCCAGUUCCCGAUGAAGUCCGUGAAUCCUUGCUGGUUUUCCAUAACGCUCUUCUGACACACUGUGGUGUUCAUAUCGAUGAGGCAGAACAGGAGGAGGAGGUGGACAAUUCUCUUCGCGGGCGCCUGCUUCGUUUGCUGGAAAGGGUGAAAAAGUUUCGGCAGAAAAAAGUGGAGGUGGAGCUUGAGCCGCAGGAAGAUAAAAAACCAAGCACACUGCAGGAGCUCAUUUCCCACACGAUGAUCCACUGGGCCCAGGAGUCAUUCAUCCAAAACCCGGAGCUAGUGCGCAUGAUGUUCAGCCUCCUUCACAGGCAGUAUGACGGACUCGGUGAACUGAUGCGAGCCCUUCCCAAGGCUUACACCAUCAACGAGGUGUCGAUACAGGACACCAUGGAUCUCCUGGAGUGCUUGGGUCAGAUCCGCUCCCUGCUUAUCGUGCAGAUGGGUCCAGAGGAGGAGAGGCUCAUAAUUCAAAGCAUUGGAAACAUCAUGAGUAACAGGGUUUUCUACCAGCACCCCAACUUGAUGCGUGCUCUGGGGAUGCAUGAGACUGUCAUGGAGGUUAUGGUUAACGUGCUAGGUGGUGGAGACUCAAAGGAAAUCCGCUUCCCUCGAGUGGUGACAAACUGUUGCCGUUUCCUCUGCUACUUCUGCCGCAUCAGUCGCCAGAAUCAGCGUUCCAUGUUUGAUCAUCUCAGCUACCUUCUGCAGAACAGCGGCAUUGGCCUUGGAAUGCGCGGCUCGACCCCGUUGGAUGUGGCCGCGGCGUCUUGCAUCGACAACAACGAGCUGGCACUGGCUCUCCAGGAGCAGGAUUUAGAAAUGGUGGUGAAAUACUUGGCUGGGUGUGGGCUUCAGAGCUGCCCCAUGCUGCUGGCUAAAGGCUACCCCGACAUCGGUUGGAAUCCCUGCGGUGGAGAGAAAUACCUCGACUUUCUUCGUUUUGCUGUUUUUGUCAAUGGAGAGAGCGUGGAAGAGAAUGCCAACGUUGUUGUGCGUCUUCUCAUUCGAAGACCCGAGUGCUUCGGUCCGGCUUUGAGAGGCGAGGGUGGUAACGGUCUGCUGGCUGGUGUGGAGGAAGCCAUCAAAAUAUCAGAGGACCCCGCGAGAGACGGUCCCAGCAUAAAAAAAGACAGACGUUUUCCCAUGUUUGGAGGAGAAGAGCAGCAGGAGGAGAAUCGUGUGCACCUCGGAAAUGCCAUCAUGUCCUUCUAUUCUGCUCUCAUUGACCUACUGGGACGAUGUGCUCCAGAGAUGCAUUUGAUUCAAGCUGGAAAGGGUGAAGCCCUUCGGAUCAGGGCAAUUCUGAGGUCCCUGGUUCCUAUUGAGGAUCUCGUGGGAGUCAUCAGUCUUCCUGUUCAGAUUCCUGCUUUGGGGAAAGACAAUAGCAUCAUAGAGCCAAAGAUGUCCGCCAGUUUUGUGCCAGACCACAAGGCCCCCAUGGUGUUGUUCCUGGACAGAGUUUAUGGGAUUGACAACCAGGAUUUCCUGCUGCAUGUGCUGGAGGUGGGCUUCUUACCUGACAUGAGGGCGGCAGCCUCUCUGGACACAGCCGCGUUCAGCACAACAGAGAUGGCUCUCGCUUUGAACCGCUAUCUGUGUACUGCCGUGCUGCCUCUCAUCACCAAGUGUGCGCCGCUGUUUGCCGGCAGUGACCACCGAGCCAUAAUGAUAGACUCCAUGUUGCACACGAUCUACAGGCUGUCUCGAGGGCGAGCCUUUACGAAGGCUCAGAGAGACAUCAUAGAGGAGUGCCUCAUGGCUUUGUGCAAAAAUCUGCGCCCGGCCAUGCUUCAGCACCUGCUGAGACGCCUGGUGUUUGACGUGCCCAUUCUAAAUGAGUAUGCCAAACGACCACUGAAGCUACUGACCAGCCACUAUGAGCGUUGUUGGAAAUAUUACUGCCUCCCAAAUGGCUGGGCUAAUUUUGGAGUUGCCUCAGAGGAAGAGCUGCAUUUGACUCGCAAACUUUUCUGGGGUAUUUUUGAAUCAUUGGCCCACAAGAAAUUUGAUGCUGAAAUCUUCAAGAUCUCAAUGCCCUGCCUCUGUGCCAUUGCUGGAGCCAUUCCUCCAGAUUAUGUGGACGCCAGCUACUCCUCCAAAACAGAGAAAAAGGCGUCGGUAGAUGCAGAGGGAAACUUUGAUCCUAAGCCAGUUGAGACCACAAACACCAUUAUCCCUGAAAGACUGGAUCCCUUUAUCAACAGAUAUGCUGAAUACACCCAUGAUAAAUGGGCCUUUGAAAAGAUUCAAAAUAACUGGUCAUAUGGAGAGGUGUUGGAUGAGAAUGCAAAGACCCAUCCCAUGCUCAGACCAUACAAAACCUUCUCAGAGAAGGACAAAGAGAUCUACCGCUGGCCGAUCAAAGAGUCGAUAAAAGCCAUGCUGGCAUGGGAAUGGAACAUAGAAAAAGCUAGAGAGGAAGAGGAGUCAGAGAAGAAAAAGGCAGCUUCUAGAAAAAUUUCCCAGACUGCUCAGGCAACUUAUGACCCGAGCCAUGGCUACAGUCCACAGCCGAUUGACGUCUCGCACAUGGCUCUUUCAAGAGAUCUGCAGUCAAUGGCGGAACAACUGGCCGAAAAUUAUCACAACACCUGGGGACGAAAGAAAAAGUUAGAGCUCCAAGCAAAAGGAGGCGGGACACAUCCUCUGCUGGUGCCUUAUGACACUCUGACAGCGAAGGAAAAGGCCAGAGACCGAGAGAAGGCUUACGAGUUGCUCAAGUUCCUGCAACUUAAUGGAUAUGCUGUCACAAGAGGCCUGAAAGACAUGGAGUCGGAGAUAUCGUCCAUUGAAAAGAGAUUUGCUUACGGCUUCCUGCAGAAGCUGCUGAAAUGGAUGGAAAUAGCCCAGGAGUUCAUUGCUCAUCUCGAGGCUGUGGUGAGCAGUGGGCGAGUAGAAAAGUCUCCUCAUGAGCAAGAAAUCAAAUUCUUUGCUAAGAUACUGAUGCCUUUAAUCAACCAGUACUUCAAAAAUCACUGCCUCUACUUCUUAUCAACGCCUGCAAAAGUCCUGGGCAGUGGCGGCCAUUCUUCUAAUAAGGAGAAGGAGAUGAUUGCGAGUAUCUUCUGUAAAAUGGCUGCUUUGGUGAGGCACAGAGUUUCUCUCUUUGGAACGGAUGCUUCUGCGAUAGUUAACUGUCUUCACAUAUUGGCCCGGUCAUUGGAUGCAAGGACUGUGAUGAAAUCAGGUCCUGAGAUUGUGAAAGCAGGCUUGCGGUCAUUCUUCGAGAGUGCGGCCGAUGAUGUGGAGAAGAUGGUGGAGAACCUCAAACUGGGCAAAGUAUCCAAAGGCAAUCAGCAAGUGAAAGGCGUUUCCCAGAAUAUCAACUACACAACCAUCGCCCUGCUGCCUGUGCUUACCUCCCUGUUUGAUCACGUCGCUCAGCAUCUCUUCGGAGACGAUGUCAUGCUGGAUGAUCUGCAGAUUUCCUGUUAUAGAAUCAUGUGUAGCAUCUACUCAGUUGGGACGGUCAAGAACCCACAUGUCGAGAGGCAAAGACCAGCUUUUGGGGAAUGUCUGGCUCAUCUUGCUGCUGCAAUGCCAGUGGCCUACUUAGAGCCUCAUCUAAAUGAAUUCAACGCUUUCUCUGUGUACACCACAAAGACACCAAGAGAGAGAGCUAUCCUGGGUCUUCCCAAUGCGGUUCAAGAGUUAUGUCCUGACAUCCCACCGCUGGACCUUCUGUUGAAGGAGAUUGGAGACUUGGCAGAGUCGGGGGCCCGCUACACUGAGAUGCCUCACGUCAUUGAAAUCACUCUGCCUAUGCUGUGCAACUACCUGCCACGGUGGUGGGAGAGAGGACCUGAAAACUUUCCUGAGAUGGAGGGUCAACUCUGCACCGAGGUCACUUCAGAACAUCUGAAUCAACUUCUGGGCAGCAUCAUGAAAAUUGUAGUCAACAAUCUGGGUAUUGAUGAAGCCUCCUGGAUGAAGAGGUUGGCCGUGUUUUCGCAGCCCAUCGUGAGCAGGGCAAAGCCAGAAAUGCUGAAAUCCCACUUCAUUCCAACGAUGGAAAAGUUGAAGAAGCGCACGUCAAAGGUGGUGGCUGAAGAGGACCAUUUGCGGAUGGAGGGGAAAUCAGAGGGGGACGAGGAAGAUGGGACGAUACGCGAUGAGUUUGCUGUGCUCUGCAGAGACUUGUAUGCCCUCUAUCCUCUGCUUAUUCGCUACGUGGACAACAACAGAGCGAGGUGGCUGACCUGCCCUGAUCCAGAUGCAGAAGAACUUUUCCGGAUGGUUGGAGAAGUCUUUAUUUUCUGGUCCAAAUCCCAUAACUUCAAGCGAGAAGAGCAGAACUUUGUUGUGAUGAACGAGAUCAAUAACAUGUCAUUCCUCACUGCUGACAGCAAAAGCAAAAUGAGCAAGGGCGGUGACACAGAGGGUGGAGGCUCAGACACCGAGCGCACCAAGAAGAAGAAGCGUGGAGAUCGCUACUCUGUUCAGACGUCACUCAUUGUUGCUGCCUUGAAGAAGAUGCUGCCCAUUGGCCUCAACAUGUGCUCCCCUGCCGAUCAGGAGCUCAUCAACUUGGCCAAAAUCCGCUACUCUUUGAGAGACACAGAUGAAGAAGUAAGAGAGUUCCUGCAGAACAACCUCCAUCUUCAGGGCAAGGUGGACAACCCCUCCAUGCGCUGGCAGAUGGCCCUUUACAAAGAGAUGGCAGGAAAGGCUGAAGAUGCUGAUGCUCCAGUGAAAGUUGUCAAGAGAGUACAGGAGGUGUCUGCUGUCCUCUACCAUCUUGAAGUGACGGAGCAUCCUUUUAAAUCCAAGAAAAUGGUGUGGCACAAAUUGCUGUCCAAGCAGAGACGCAGGGCUGUGGUGGCCUGCUUCAGAAUGACGCCACUUUACAACAUUGCAAGGCACAGAGCUUCAAACAUGUUCCUUGAGGGAUACAAGCGCAACUGGAUUCAGACGGAGGGUUGCUCAUUUGAGGACAGGAUGAUAGACGAUUUAUCUAAAGCGAUGGAGCAGGAAGAAGCAGAGGAAGAAGAAGAGAAGGAAACCAAGCCAGAUCCCCUUCACCAGCUUAUUCUUCACUUCAGUCGAACAGCGCUGACAGAAAAGAGCAAACUCGAUACAGAUCAUCUGUAUAUGGCAUAUGCAGACAUUAUGGCAAAGAGUUGCCAUAUUGGUGAAGAAGAAGAAAUGGGAGAGGAAAUGAUGGAACAAUCUGAAGAUGAGAUGUCCUUUGAGGUGCGACAGUCAGAACUGGAAAAAGAAAUGGAGAAGCAAAGGCUUCUUUACCAACAGUCCAGACUUCAUAACCGUGGCGCCGCAGAAAUGGUCCUGCAGAUGAUAAGCGCCUGCAAAGGUGAAACUGGCCCAAUGGUGUCUACCACCCUCAAGCUGGGUAUUUCCAUCCUUAAUAGUGGAAACAGCGAGGUUCAGCGGAAAAUGUUGGAGUACCUGAAAGACAAAAAGGAUGUGGGCUUCUUUUUGAGUAUCCAAGCUCUAAUGCAGACUUGCUGCGUACUGGAUUUAAAUGCCUUUGAGAGGCAAAACAAGGCAGAGGGGCUUGGCAUGGUUUCAGAGGAAGGAACAAACUUGAACCUAGAUCGGGAUGAGAAAGUCAUGGCGGAUGACGAGUUCACUUGUGACCUGUUCCGUUUCCUGCAGCUCCUCUGUGAAGGACACAAUAACGAUUUUCAAAACUACUUGCGGACACAGACGGGAAGCACAACCAGCAUCAACGUCAUCAUCUGCACUGUGGAUUACCUGCUUCGACUCCAGGAAUCUAUCAGUGAUUUCUAUUGGUAUUAUUCUGGGAAGGAUAUCAUCGAUGAUCCAGGCAAAAAGAAUUUCUCCAAAGCUAUGACAGUGGCAAAACAGAUUUUUAACAGUUUAACAGAAUAUAUUCAGGGCCCAUGUACAGGCAACCAGCAGUCCUUAGCUCACAGCAGACUGUGGGAUGCUAUUGUUGGAUUCCUGCAUGUGUUUGCCCACAUGAUGAUGAAGCUGGCACAGGACUCCAGCCAGAUUGCUCUGCUGAAGGAGCUUCUUGACCUCCAAAAAGACAUGGUUGUUAUGUUGCUCUCACUAUUAGAGGGGAACAUAGUUAAUGGUACAAUUGCGCGACAAAUGGUCGACAUGUUGGUGGAGUCCUCCAGCAACGUUGAGAUGAUUCUCAAGUUCUUUGACAUGUUUCUCAAACUGAAAGACAUCGUUGCCUCCGAUGCUUUCCGUGACUAUGUCACUGACCCUCGAGGGCUGAUCUCUAAGAAGGACUUCCAGAAGGCCAUGGACAGUCAGAAACAGUACUCCCCCUCUGAGAUCCAGUUUCUUUUGUCGUGCUCAGAAGCAGAUGAGAAUGACAUGAUCAACUACGAGGAGUUUGCCAAUCGCUUUCAGGAGCCGGCCAAGGACAUCGGGUUCAACAUCGCAGUGCUGCUCACCAACCUUUCUGAGCAUGUGCCGCACGACUCCCGGCUGCAGAACUUCCUGGAGCAAGCAGAGAGUGUGCUCAACUACUUCCGCCCGUUCCUUGGCCGCAUUGAGAUAAUGGGCGCCAGCAGGAAGAUUGAGCGCAUCUACUUUGAAAUCAGCGAAGUCAACCGCAGACAGUGGGAAAUGCCACAAGUGCGAGAGUCCAAACGGCAGUUUAUAUUUGAUGUCGUCAACGAGGGCGGCGAAUCUGAGAAAAUGGAGAUGUUCGUCAACUUCUGUGAGGACACCAUCUUUGAGAUGAAUAUCGCGUCACAGAUUUCAGAGCAGGACGAAGAGGAGAAGGGAGAAGAGGAUGAUGAGGGAGAUGAAGGAGUGGGAGAGGGGGCAGCAGGCGGGGCGGCGGGUGGAGGCGGGGAUGAAGAUAGUAACGGCGACGAAGAGCGACCCGAAUCAACCUCAGCAUUUACAGACUUCCUCCACAGCAUGUCGAGCUUCCUCAGCAUCUUCACCUUCCGUAACCUACGCAGGCAGUAUCGCAGAAUCAGAAAGAUGACCUUUAAGGAGAUCGUGGUGGCUUUGUCCAAGUUCUUCUGGGCUAUCCUAAUGAGCAUCCUGACCUUCAUUUACAAUGUGUGCAAAGGCUUCUUUGUGAUCAUCUGGCAAGCGCUGUUUGGAGGUGGAUUGGUGGAGGGAGCUAAAAACAUAACAGUCACUGAGAUUUUAGCGAGUAUGCCAGAUCCCACGCAAGAUGACGUGCACGGAGAUGGACCAGGCGAGCUGGGGACAGGGGAAGAACAAGAAACCGGGGGGAUAACAGACACUGGUGAAUCCGGGAGUGGUGAAGAGGAAGAGGAGGACACGCAGGAAAAUGAAGGAGGAAGGAUUCCGGGUAUGGAUGCUCCAGGUGGACUUGGAGAUAUGGGUGUCGAGGAACCAGUUGAGCCUCCGACUCCUGAAGGGUCUCCCAUUACGAAGAGAAAAAUGCCAGAAGAGUCUGAUGCAAGCCAAAAACCACCUGAGCCUGCUCCUGUGGAAGAAACCCCUCCAGAACCGGAAAAGUCAGAUGUUGAAACUGGUGAAAAAUCGGAGAAAGAAGCCAAAAGCAAAGAAGAAGAGAAGCCACAAGAACCAAAGAAAUCUGCAGCCAAGAAAGAGAAGAAGAAGAAGAGGCAAGGGGGUUUUCAAAUCUGGACUGAGCUGGAAACUCAGAGAAAUAAAUUCAUGAACUACCUCUCCAGAAACUUCUACAAUCUGCGAUUUUUGGCCUUGUUCCUUGCAUUUGCCCUGAACUUCAUUCUUCUUUUCUACCGGGUCUCCGAUACUCCACCUGAAGGGGAUGAGAUGGAGGGAUCCGGACUGUCAGAGGGAAGCGGGUUGUUUGAGGGUUCUGGCUUGUUUGAGGGCUGUGGGGAUGAAGCUGAAGGAUCUGGAGCGGAUGGAGGAGGAGAAGACGAAGAAGAAGACGUUCUGCUUUAUUACUAUUUAGAGGAGAGCACUGGAUACAUGCAGCCCACACUAUCAUUCCUAGCCAUUCUCCAUACAGUCAUUUCAUUUAUCUGUAUCAUUGGGUACAACUGUCUGAAGAUCCCGCUGGUGAUUUUUAAACGAGAAAAGGAACUUGCAAGAAAGCUGGAGUUUGAUGGGCUCUACAUCACUGAGCAGCCUGAGGAUGACGACAUCAAGGGCCAGUGGGAUCGUCUAGUCCUGAACACGCCCUCUUUCCCACACAACUACUGGGAUAAAUUUGUCAAACGAAAAGUCCUGGAUAAGUAUGGAGACAUUUAUGGGAGAGAAAGAAUCGCUGAGCUCCUGGGCGUUGACUUAGCCUCCUUGGAUGUCAGUCAGCAGCAUGAGAAGAAACAAGAGGAGCCAGACAACUCUGUGUUUGCAUGGGUGACUUCCAUUGAUAUCAAGUACCAAAUCUGGAAAUUUGGAGUUGUGUUCACAGACGGCACCUUCCUUUAUCUUUGCUGGUACCUGGUGAUGUCCCUGCUUGGUCAUUACAACAACUUCUUCUUUGCCUGCCAUUUGCUGGACAUUGCAAUGGGCGUCAAAACUCUACGCACUAUCCUGUCCUCGGUUACACACAACGGCAAACAGCUCAUGAUGACAGUGGGCUUACUGGCUGUCGUGGUGUAUCUUUACACUGUGGUGGCUUUCAAUUUCUUCCGCAAGUUUUACAACAAGAGCGAGGACGAAGACGAGCCCGACAUGAAAUGCGAUGACAUGAUGACUUGUUACCUGUUCCACAUGUACGUGGGCGUGCGUGCUGGCGGAGGAAUUGGAGACGAGAUAGAAGAUCCCGCAGGAGACGAAUACGAGCUUUAUCGAGUGGUCUUUGAUAUAACCUUCUUCUUCUUCGUCAUUGUCAUUCUGCUGGCCAUUAUUCAGGGUCUGAUUAUUGAUGCCUUUGGAGAACUCCGAGACCAACAGGAGCAGGUCAAGGAGGACAUGGAGACAAAAUGCUUCAUAUGUGGCAUCGGAAGUGACUAUUUUGAUACAACCCCACAUGGCUUUGAGACCCACACCUUUGACGAACAUAACUUGGCCAACUACAUGUUCUUCUUGAUGUAUCUCAUUAACAAAGAUGAGACAGAACACACUGGGCAGGAGUCGUACGUGUGGAAGAUGUACCAGGAACGAUGCUGGGACUUCUUUCCUGCUGGAGACUGUUUCAGAAAGCAAUAUGAAGACCAGCUUUCCUAACUGGCAAAUAAACAAAAAGUGUUUUUGGAAGGAAGGGAAGGUCAUGCCUAAAUCACUAUUCUAAUCAACCAGCAGGCCUAGCUGCACACUCACCUAUGUAACACAAUUUUUCUAAUGUUCUUGACCCAAACUUCCCUCCCUGUCAUCUGUUCAUCCCUACGUAUCAUCUCUCCUGACCCGUCCUUCUCAUUCCUGUUUUAGGACCACUCAUGUCCAUCCAGUGUGGUUUUUUCUAGAAGGGAUUUUAAUAGUUGCCAGUAUGUAAGAUUAAGUAAGCACACAAUGCCCAUGUAUGUAAUAACGUUAAUAACUUCAGACGUAGCCAUAAUUUUUACAUUCAUUAGUUUUCCAAAGUACCCAUUUUUACCGUGUGAUUUCUUAAUUUAUUUCCAAUUUGGUCAUUUUGAAAUGGAGUUUUAUUCUUUAUAUAACCUUACGUGUGGAUUUGUAGAUAAAUCUGUAAGCUUUCACGUUGUAUUUUGGAUUAUACUCUGUUACAUCAUGCCUACCUGCCUGUAAGCCAUCGCUAACACUGUGUACAUCAUGGAUCACUAGAGAUGUGGCUGCAGCCUCCUUUUUUAUUCAGCAAAUGAUAAUGAAUGGAAACUAAAUGAUACUUGAUUAUUAGGUUGUUUUUUUUUUAAAUGAGAAAUUAUUUGUACAGUCACCACACACCUACAUACAGAAGAUUAUAAAACAGCACCUGCCAAGUCAAAAUACCAGAUUUUCUGAUGUGAACACAUGUAAUUAGAAUAAAUCAUUUUUUUAGAACUGUUCCUACUAUUAAUGUGUCAAAUGUAUUAUAAAUAUGGUGUCAAAAUCUGGUCAUUAUCCGAUCCUCAGUGACACGCAAUUUCAAGCGGGCGUUUGAAAUUGACAAACGUUUUUAAUACUUUAAAAAAAAUGCUUUAGCAUAAUAAUAAUAAAAAGGCUGCAAUAACAUUGAAUAAAACUAAUGCUUUAAUGAAAUGGACCCCAGUAGCUGGACUGAAUAUAGAAAUAUCUCUGUUUACAGCAAGUUGACAGCUGUUUUUUUUUGUUGUUGUUGUUGUUGUUGUUUUUAUUUUGUUUUCAUGUUUGCUGUGGAAAAGCAGCAAGAUGACAGAGGUGAUUUUCUGUCACAAUAUUGUUUAUUUAUAUUCAACCCUGAUUUUGUGUCUGUAAAACUGAUCUGAUAAUAAAGAAGAACAUGAGAAAAUCUCUCUCUC